GCGGGCCCGCCCUCAGCGGCGCUGCCCCGGCGCGGCGGGGGAGGACGCGCGUCGGCACUUGCCCGCUGUUUCCUUCCCCGCCGCGGUGCAGUCGCAGGUCCUGCAAGCGCCCCCUGUUUCCUGGCGCAGGCCGCGCUGCCGAGCGGGGGACGGGGGUGGGUGGGGAUGGAGAGGGCACCCGGUGCUGGUGAUUCAGUGCCGGGGUCUGUAGCACAGCCCGUCCCCGGCGGCGGCGGCGGCAGCGGAGUCAGCACGCGCACGUGACGCCGGCUCCGGCUCCUCGGUGCCGCCACAAACACGCACACACCCCGCACACGGACACACCGGCACCGCACACACGCGUUCCCCGCGCCUCCAUCCCGCCGCGCUCGCUGCCACACGCUCCUCUCGCACGCACCGCGCAAGCCGCCGCCGGGGCGAAGCUGUCGUCGGCACUCCUCGUUGGCAGCACCGGCACCAGCACCGGCAAGCGGCGAUCGCGCAAGCGGCAAGAGUUUGCGAAGGCUGCUGCGUGCCUUUCCCGAAGAGCUUUUGCGCCCAGAGGAUGGCUGGCUGCGGGCUGUCAGAAGACGCUUGCUUCUCCUCCUUCUUUUACAACUACACCUCCUCCUGGGAGACCUCCUACAACCAGUGUGCUGCUCUGGUUGGUGAAGACCAGCCUCUUUGCCCAGAUCUCCCAGAACUUGACCUCUCUGAACUAGAUGUGAACGACUUGGACGCGGACGGCUUUCUGGGAGGACUGAAGUGGUACAGUGACCAGUCAGAGAUCAUCUCCAAUCAGUACAGCAAUGAACCUGCCAAUAUUUUCGAGAAGAUAGAUGAAGAGAGCGAGGCAAACUUGCUAGCUGUUCUCACUGAAACACUGGACAGCAUCCCUGUGGAUGAGGAUGGAUUGCCUUCAUUUGAUGCACUGACAGAUGGAGAUGUGACCAACGAAAAUGCCACUAGCCCUUCCCCAAUGCCCGACGGCACCCCUCCAACUCAGGAGGCAGAAGAGCCGUCUCUACUUAAGAAGCUCUUGCUGGCUCCAGCCAACGCUCAACUAAAUUACAAUGAAUGCAGUGGUCUCAGCACACAAAACCAUGCAAACACUAAUCACAGGAUCAGAACAAGCCCUGUGGUUGUUAAGACUGAGAAUUCAUGGAGCAAUAAAGCGAAGAGCAUUUGUCAACAGCAAAAGCCUCAAAGACGUCCCUGCUCUGAACUUCUCAAGUAUCUGACUACAAAUGAUGACCCUCCUCAGACCAAACCAGCAGAGAACAGGAACAGCAGCAAAGAGAAAUGCAUCUCCAAAAGGAAGCCACACCUGCAGUCUCAGACAAAUCAUCUGCAAGCCAAACCAACAAGUUUAUCACUUCCAUUGACGCCCGAGUCACCAAAUGAUCCCAAGGGUUCCCCAUUUGAGAACAAGACUAUUGAACAAACCUUAAGUGUGGAACUCUCUGGAACUGCAGGCCUAACUCCUCCUACAACCCCUCCUCAUAAAGCCAACCAGGAUAAUCCUUUCAGGACUUCACCUAAGCUGAAGUCAUCAUGCAAGACUGUUGUACCACCUUCAAAAAAGCCCUGCUAUAGUGAGUCUUCUGGUUCUCAAGGAAACAACCCAAUCAAGAAGGGUCCAGAACAGUCUGAGCUGUAUGCACAGCUUAGCAAGACUACAGUACUGUCCAGUGGACAUGAGGAGAGAAAGACAAAACGGCCCAGUUUGCGGCUGUUUGGUGACCAUGACUACUGUCAAUCUGUGAAUUCAAAAUCGGAAAUACACAUUAAAAUAUCCCAGGAACUUCAGGACUCCAGACAACUAGAAUUUAAGGAAUCUUCACCUGGGUGGCAGUGUCAGAUUUGUUCUUCUUUAGAACAAGACCAGUAUUUCAAGAAAGAGACUUUACAGACAAGUCAGCAGGGAUCCCACGGUAAUAACAGAAAACAGCUCCAAGACCAGGAAAUUCGGGCUGAACUGAAUAAGCAUUUUGGUCACCCCAGCCAAGCUGUUUUUGAUGAAGAAGCAGAUAAGACCAGAGAACUAAGGGACAGUGAUUACAGUAAUGAACAGUUCUCCAAACUACCUAUGUUUAUAAAUUCAGGACUAGCAAUGGAUGGUCUCUUUGAUGACAGUGAAGAUGAAAGUGAUAAACUAUGCUACCCUUGGGAUGGGACACAAGCCUAUUCAUUAUUUGAUGUAUCGCCUUCUUGCUCUUCUUUUAACUCUCCAUGCAGAGAUUCAGUGUCUCCACCCAAAUCCUUAUUUUCUCAAAGAUCCCAAAGGACACGCUCUAGAUCAAGGUCCUUUCCUCAAUGCAGGUCUUGUUCCCGUUCUCCAUAUUCCCGAUCGAGAUCAAGGUCGCCCUGUAGUAGAUCCUCUUCAAGAUCUUGUUGCUAUUAUGAGUCCAGCCACUGUAGACACCGAGCGUACAGAAGUUCUCCCUUACGUGCAAGAUCGCAAUCCAGAUCACCGUGCAGUCACAGACCCAGAUAUGACAGCUAUGAGGAGUAUCAGCAUGAAAGGCUGAAGAGGGAAGAAUACCGCAAAGAGUAUGAAAAACGGGAAUCUGAAAGGGCCAAACAAAGGGAGAGACAGAGACAGAAAGCAAUUGAAGAACGUCGUGUGAUUUAUCUGGGUAAAAUCAGACCCGACACAACCCGAACAGAGCUGAGGGACCGGUUUGAAGUUUUUGGUGAAAUUGAGGAGUGCACAGUAAAUUUGCAGGAUGAUGGAGACAGCUACGGUUUCAUCACCUACCGCUACACUUGUGACGCCUUCGCUGCUCUUGAGAACGGCUACACUUUGCGCAGGUCAGACGAGCCUGACUUUGAGCUGUACUUCUGUGGACGCAAGCAAUUGUGCAAGUCUAACUAUGCAGAUCUAGAUUCAAACUCGGAUGAUUUUGAUCCUGCUUCCACUAAAAGCAAGUAUGACUCCAUGGAUUUUGAUAGUUUACUUAAAGAGGCACAGCGGAGCCUGCGUAGGUAACAUGCAUCAGACCUGAGGAAAACAGAGGGAUGGCGAAUACCUCACGGACAUCACGUCCUUCAAUAAUGGACAACUUAAAAGUCAUACUUAGGAAUUUCUUCUACUUCACACUCUGUUCAAAACCAUGGUUUACAUGAACACAGCUGCUCAAGGAGUGGAGGGGCAGGAUGGUUGUCCAGUAAGCACACACAUGCCCAUGGGUGUCAGCUUUGCUUUCGCGGGUGAUCAGUGGCGGGGGAGCCAGGUGUUCCUUGCGAGCUCACUGCAAACCACCAGACAUGGCAGCAGUUCCACAGAGACACACGAACAACGAUGAACUGCAAAACCUGUACAUACUGCAUUUUAACAGAACAAAACAAAACAAGAACAAGCAAAUCAAACAAAUAAACCCAAAUUUGAGAACUACGGCUGCUGAUGUCUGCCAAUCAGACAUGGUGAUUUUAUUUUUUUUAAUGAUUAAGCUUCAUCUCCCAACACAGUGAUAAUAUGACAAUCCAGAAGAAACCACAGCUCCCAGAAGCCUACAGUCUGUUCCAGCUUUGUUUUUAAGGUUUUCUUUUCUCCUUUCUUUGUGAGUUUUGUUCAUUUGUUUGUUUUUUUGGUGGGUUUUUAUUGGUUUGGUUGGGUUUUUCUUUCUUGUGCGUGUGUGUGUGUGUUGUUUUUUUUUUCCAGUCCUUGCAGAAGAGAAAAUGAAAGGCUCAAGCUUCCCUAACAUUUUGAAGUUUCAUCUUUUAAUUCUGACACCCAUGUAAAUGUCUACAGCGUUGAUCUUCCAUGGCAAAAUUUUCAAAGCCUUGUUAAUGGUCAAAUGUGCAGCUUGUUCAGCGGUUUAUUCUAAUGAAUGGACGUGAUGUUACAUUAUUAAUGGGAGUUGGAUGUAACUAUCUGGGUGUGUGCACAGAUAGUUUUAUUUGCUACGUUCUCUAAAGUAGUUGAGUAUUUACAGAUGUUAAAUGGAGUAUUUUUAUUUAUGUACAUAAUGUCUGAGGAUGUUCUUUUUUUUUUGUUACAGCUAUGCACUGUAAAUGCAGCCUUCUUUUCAAAACCUGCUGAAUUUUUCUUAAUCAAGAGUACUCAAAUGUAAUUAUAUGAGGUGAAACAAUUAUUGUACACUAACAUAUGUAGAAAGCUGAACUUAACGCUUAUAUAUAUUUGAUUGUAAAAAACAAAGAGAGAAACUCGUGUGGGUGAGGGUGUGUGUGUCUACGUGCGCGCGCGUGUGUCUGAGUGCAGAAAUGCUUUACACACAUUCAUCCCUUCUUUGGUGAGCUUCUGUAAGAACUUUGUCAACAGUUGUCCUAGCCCUCAAAAAAAAACAACAAAGCGGUGUUAACCACUUCUGCAGUAUUUUUCCACAUUUUUCCUCAUUGCUUGAUUUUCUUUUGCAGUUUUAUACACUGACUUUGUUAGGGGAAUGAAAAAUUUUCUCAUCUAAAUUUUUCUAGGAGAUAACCAUAAUUUUAUGUAAAAGUCUCUCAAGUGAGUAAUCAUUAAGAAAUGUUUUUAUUUUAUGUAUCAACAGUAGUUUUGGAACUUAGAGGUCAAAAAUCUUUUUAAAAUGCUAUUUUGUUUUAAUUUUUGUGAUUUUAAUUUGAUAAAAAAAAUACACUGAGGUACUAAGUACAGUAUGAUUUUUACAGUAAUUCUCUGUCUAACCACUGUUCUUGAAGCCAGUAAUCUUUUCAUUGGCACAGUUUAAUGAUGGUAUUUAUAUUUUUUACAGUUCUGCAUCCUGUAUAAAUACCAAUCCUUCAUUCCUUUGUUUACUAAAGAGACAUAUUUAUCAGUUACAAUUAUCCUAUUUAUUAUAAAUUAUGAGAUGACUAAAAUAAUGAAAAGGCCAGUGGAAAUUUUAUAUGUAGGAUGCAUGAUGGUCGUCAGUUUGGAAAUUCAGCUUUUGCAGAAGCAGUGGGUUGGUUGGUUGGGGUUGGGUUUUUUCCUCUUUUUUUUUUUUUUCUUUUUUUUUUUUCUUUUCUUUUCACUAUGCAGUAGCAUGGCCUCAGAUGUGCCCAUGACAUUGUUGCUGAUGACAUUGCUUCCGCUAAAUUAAAUAGGAACUUCAGGAAAGAGCAAAAGCCACAAGAGUAAAAACUACUGCUGCUCUGAGCAUCAGAAUUUCGUCUGAGCUCGGAGUCUCUAGACUGAAUCAGCAAAGUUUGGAAUUUGCUUGUGAAUGUAUAGAUUGGGUAUUCUAUUCCUGUUUGGCAUUCAUGACUCCUCCUACAGGUAUGGCACACCUAACUAUUUAAUCUCCUUUCCCACUCCCAAUCUUAGAAAAUCAAUUCCACACCCGUGCCGGUGCAGUUGAUUUCAAUGGCUGCAUUCAUUUUAUCACCAGCAUAUUGCGUUCUGAGAGAUUCCACUGUCUGUCCUGUCGAAUGCUUGCUUGGUUUUUUUGGCUUCUUAUUUCUCAGUAGAUAGAUAGCAAUAAAAUCAAAAAAAGGAAAAAAAAAAAGAAAAAAAAAGAAAAAACAAACGAGAGAAGAACUUUUUCAGAGGUUCUACGUUACGACUGUAAUAUUCUUUAAUCUGCAUAAUUCUUGUUGUUGCUCUGUAGGUUGAACAUGCAGGUAUUUUAACUUUGUGUGAAUGCCAAACUAAAAGUUUACAGUUUUCCUUUCUGGAUUUUGAGUAUCUUCUGUUGUAAAGAAAAAUAUUAAAAGCAAUAAAUUAUUUUUAAGAAAUCA